AAUUAAAGAAAAAUCGAACGAGAAGAAGUAGCUAGGCCCCUUGGCACAAUCACAGUCCCGGCUUUUUUUCCUACAUGCACACUAAACUAACAGCUUGCAAGGACUAGAGACAUACUAUAUGCACCCUUCUACAACAAGAAACGAAUCAGGAAAUUAAACAAGAAGAGAAACACACAUCACGUACGCUCUCCUCCUCGUCUCUUGCUCCCGUCCAUCACCACCAUUAUCGUUUCCUGCCGAAACUGAGAAAGAAACAUCUCGACUCAGAUAUACAGUAGAGAGAGAUGGCUGAAGCUGCCCGGCGAGCCGUCUCCGACUCAUCCUCAGGCGACAUCUCGCCGGACAUCUGCAACGACAUGCAACCACUCGCUGAUGGCGUCCAACACGACGCGAACUUCAUCCAGGAUGAGAUGGAGGUCGUGAACGGCUUCCUCCGCCACCUUGCCAGGAACCAGCAGCUGCUGACUCCUAGCGGCGAUGACGAGGAGGUCCAGGUGUGGGUUAGGCAGAUCAGGGAUCUCGCCAACGACUCCCGGGACUGCAUCAACCUCUACCGUCACACAGCACCCCGCCGUGCAAAGGGGCUCCUGCGCUACCUGCAAAUGCCAUGGUUCCUUGGAGGAUGCACCACCAUCCCUCGUAGCCGCAGCACCAUCGCCAGGCGUAUCCGGGAGCUCAAGGUCCGGGUGCAAGAGGCCGGCGAGAGACGGCUGAGAUACAGCAUCGCCGUGCCACCGCCGCAGCCUGCCAUCACACAAGCUUCUACUAUCAUGGCGAUGGUCAACAGCAGCAGACGGCCGCUUCUCCGCAAUGUCCAAGAAUCAGAAGACCACGGCGAUAACGACGAGAGAGGUGCUUUCAGGAGAGCUCUGGUCGAUGCUGAGCCCAAUAUCCUGCAGGAAAGUGCAGCAGAGCUGAUUGCCUGGCUGGGCAAGAAAGAAGAAGGUGACGAGGCCGGAGGGCGGACGUUCAGACUCACUGUCAUUCUAGCACCAGAUGAUGCAGAAGGUACCGGUCUAGCUCAGCAAGUGUACCAAGAUCCUUCCGUGUCCGACGGCUUCGAUGUCAAGGUAUGGAUCACCAUCCAGAGGCCUCCAAUCCUCUGGCAGAUAUUCCAUGACCUGCUCUGCCAGCUCCUUCCUGACCAAAACCAGGACAUGCUGGACGACACGUCAUCAGACAACAUGAAGCUCCUGUGGAGCAUUCGAGGCUGCUUGGAAGGCAGAAGGGUCCUGAUUGUUCUCGAUGACCUCGACGAUUACACGGGCCUCUGGGACCAGAUCAGAAUUGCUCUCAACUUCAUAAGCCUCCCUGCUGGCAGUGCCAUCGUAGUGACCACAAAGGAUGAUGGGCUUAUCAGGUCAUCCUCUCCGGAUAAAGUGAUAUCAUAUUCCCUUGUGGAUUUCUUCUUCAAGAAAGCAGUGGCCCUUGUGGCCAGCAAUUUUCAGGAUGGCGAUGUGCGGGGCAUCAUGCGUGGCAUUCUCAAGAGAUGCGACCCGGGUGUCGCUCCCAUGAAAAUGUUCCUCCAUGCCUUGUAUGGCAACCCUAACAGGACAAGACAGGAGCUGGAGAAGCUGCAGGAAAGCCUAUGUUCAGAGGCCCACGGCGUUAUCAGCUAUAACUUCAAGCAGAUGGUUAUGUUUUCCUACAGUGACAUGGCUAGAGAGUGUCAGAUGUGCUUCAUGCACCUAUGUAUUUCCCUCCCACGAGAUCACAGCAUCAGGAGGACAUCCCUAGUAAGAAGAUGGGCAGCCCAAGACCUGAUAUCUGCGGAAGGCGGUCAUGGUUCAGCUGAAGUGGCAGCUGAGCGCUGCUUCGGUGCAUUUGUCAGCCGAGGUCUCAUUUGCCCUGUUGACAUUGGUGAUGCAGGCAAGAUCAAGACUUGUGUGGUGCCUCCUCUGGUGCAUCGCCUCAUCACUGAGGUUGCAAAAGAAGAGAGUGUUUAUGUCGGCUCCAUGAUCAAUGCACAUCUUGGUGACAUCAAGAGGUGCCUGGGAUCACUGCCCACGUCUUCUCAACUACUGCUGCUGAAGGUGCUCGAUCUAGAAGGCUGCAAAGGCUUGGAGAAGCGCCAUCUGAACAACCUCUGCAAGCUGUUCAUGCUCAAGUAUUUGAGCCUCAGGAACACGGAUGUUUCUGCGCUGCCCAAGCGAAUCCACAAGCUGCAGCAGCUAGAGACGCUGGACAUUCGGCAAACCAAGAUACAAGCCUUCCCCGCAGAUUUCACCAAGCUCCUGAUGCUCAAGCAUCUGCUCGCAGGCUGCGCCCCGAUCAAGGACACUGUCAACUCCAAGGAAUCAUUUUCCACGCCACAGAUGCCCCGCGGCCUCGGGGCCAUGGGGAGGAACCUGGAGAUACUGUCACACAUACAGGUCUCCAGGAGUGGCAGUGAGUUGAUGCUGAUGGAUGUUGGGCAGCUACUCAAAGUACGGAAGCUAGGGGUUGUUCUCCAUGGCAAGAAGGUUGGCAGCUCCUUCCAGCAUCUGCUCCAAGCAAUCAGCAAACUGCACAAAUGCCUUCGCUCUUUGUCGAUCCGAAUUGGACGUCCUGGAAAUGAAACCGAUCCUCUUACAUUCAGCAUGGAUCAAGAGAAUCCAUUUUCACCUCCCAAGAUUCUUGAGAGCCUGUACAUCAGCGGCCUCACAGGAGGUGGGCUGCCUCCAUGGAUCACAGAGCUCCACCAGCUUGCCAAGGUAACCCUGCGUGACACCUCCCUGACAGGCCAUGCCAUACGACCCCUCGGCAAACUCGGUGGCCUGCGAUGCCUUAGGCUCCGACAAAUGUCCUACGCCGAAAUGAAGAUCACUUUUGGAAAGGAAGAAUUCCCAAGCCUCAAAUUUCUCAUCAUCGAGGGCACCGACAUCACCAACAUCAUCUUCGAGAGUGGAACAACACCUAGGCUGGAGAAGAUAACUUGGGCUUUCAAGAGCAUGCAGUUCAUCUCCGGAAUCGGCCAUCUCCCAAGGCUGAAAGAUCUCGAGCUCAGUGGGAGCUGCAACCCAGACCCGGUGAAGCAGGCCGUCGCAGCACAUCCGAACCAUCCCGUCUUCAAGCACAAUGCCUGAAGUUAGCCACUGCUGGAACUGAUCAGUACGAACAUGCAUGCUCUGGAGUGAUGAUUGUGCUUGUAUGUGUGUACUUCUAUAUUGUCAGUGUGUGUGUUGCAUGCUUGUGUGUUCCUGCCUCCGAUUAUGUUCCUCGUUCUGCCAUGGGCUGUGAUAUGCAUGUACCGUGUGGCCGUGUGGAGUUGUAUACACUUGUGUUCUGCCAUGGGCUGUGAUAUGCAUGUACCGUGUGGCCGUGUGGGAUUGUAUACACUUGUGUGUUGGCUAUGCAAUAAGACUUGUAUUUUUACCGUGUACUACAAAUUUUCUUUGGUUUUCCUGGAACCGUUUUCACAUAUAUUUUUUUCUAUUUCAGUGUCUUCAAUGCUAUAUUCCAUAGAAAAAUGGAAAAUAUGUCCUGUGCACCUAAGUGAAAAGAUAAGCACAUUGAGAUUUUGAAAGAUUGUAAAAAAAAUGUAGGUACAUUGUGGGGUUGAAAUGAAAUAUGAAUCUAUAAAUUUUGGUCAACAAAUAUGUCCAGACUGUGCACAGUUAUGGUUUCUAUUUUAGACCAUCAUCUCCCGUGUUUUCUUCCUGUGCAUCCCACAAAAGGACAUAUUUGUGGCCCAAAAUUUGAAGAUCCACACUUGACACUUCAUCAGGAAAUAUACAUGUAAAAAAAAAGAAUCAGAAUCUUUCAAAAUAUGAACAUGCAUUCUUUU